CUGAACUUUAAGUGAGUUGUAAACUGACGUUACGUUUGUUGAGAGUUUGAGCUUGAGCUUGAACUCGACAGAGCAUCCCAAAGAGAACGACGACGACAGAAUUUGAUUUUGCUAUCGAACGAACUUAUUCGUAUUGCUUCUUCCUUUAAUUCAAAACAAUCGAGAUAUAUAGGAUCAAGUAAAGUCUAGGCCUCCAUAGAGAAGCUGGUAUGGGGGAAGAAAACAGCAGCUGGAUUUCUGAAUUAUCCCAUGAUCAGUGGGUUCCUCUAUCAGUUUCUGGUCCACGUCCAUCAGCUCGAUAUAAGCAUGCAGCUGCUGCAGUAGAUCAGAAACUGUAUAUUUCUGGUGGAAGCCGGAAUGGAAGAUAUUUAUCUGAUGUGCAUGUGUUUGAUCUCCAAACUUUGUCAUGGUCAAGCCCACCUCUUACGGUAGAAUUUAAUGCUGAGGCCAAAAGCUUGCAGGAAAAUCUUCCAGCUGCAUCAGGUCAUAGUAUGAUUAAAUGGAGAAACAGGCUUCUUUUAGUUGGUGGUCAUUCGAAAAAUGCAUCAGACACUUUAAAAGUAUGGUUUAUUGAUCUGGAAUCACUACAGUGUGGUGUGCUGGAAACUUCCGGAAAAGUUCCGGCAUCUCGUGGUGGACAAUCUGUAAGUUUGGUUGGAUCUAGACUGAUAAUGUUUGGAGGAGAAGGCAAGAAACAACAAUUGCUGAAUGAUGUCCAUGUACUUGAUCUGGAGACAUUAACUUGGGAGGUUCUUGAAACUGUGCAGGCACCUCCAACUCCCCGAUUUGAUCAUGCAGCUGCUGUGCAUUCAGAUAGGUACCUUCUAAUUUUUGGUGGCUGUUCUCAUUCCAUCUUCUACAAUGACCUUCACGUUCUGGACCUACUAACAUUGGAAUGGUCCCAACCACAAAUUCAAGGUGACUUGGUGAAUGCAAGGGCUGGUCAUGCUGGGAUCAACAUUGACGGGAAGUGGUACAUUGUUGGUGGUGGAGACAAUAAAACUGGUGCAACAGAGACUCUUGUACUGGAUAUGUCUAAGCUUGUGUUAUCAUUGUUGACAAGUGUGAAUGAAAGAGAUCCUAUUGCUAGUGAGGGUCUUAGUCUUUCUUCAGCCUUAGUUGAAGGGGAAAAUCUUUUGAUUUCCUUCGGUGGUUACAAUGGGAAGUAUAACAAUGAGGUAUUUGUUAUGAGACCUUCAGAAAAAGGUGCUCCUCAACCCAAGAUGUUGAAAUCACCUGCAGCAGCGGCAGCAGCUGCAUCUGUCUCGGCCAUGUAUGCUCAUGCCAAUUCAGAGAAAUUGGAGUUAACCGAGAGAAACAACACAAGUAUCAAAGUCUUACAAACCAAUAGUAGCGUCCAAAGGGGUCAGUUAAUGGAAGAUCCCAAAGCUAUUAGAGAAGAACUGAAGUUACUGGGGUCUGCCCUUCAAGAUGCCCGAUUAGAAAGUUCUUGUCUUAAGGAAAAGGUCGAUGAAACUUCCACUAUAUAUGCUGAUUUGUUGAAGGAACUCCAGUCAGUCCAGGGUCAGUUAGUUGGAGAGAGAUCAAGAUGUACUAAACUUGAGGGACAGAUUUUGGAACUUGAGAAGAUGCUUGAGGCAUUGCCAUCUAUAGAAGAAGAGGUUAAACUUCUUAGGAGCCAGAAAUCUACUACUGAAAGAGACAUGGAUGUUGCGGCUCUGCACAAGCAGGCUUCGAGUGGUGUUUGGAAGAAGUGGAUAGCCGGCUGAUUUCAAGAAAAGAUGGUAACUAUUAAUUAGCGUGUUUUAAGUAUAACGAUAAAAAAAACAUCUACAUAAUAAUAAAAAAAACUUUAAUCAACUACAUUAUUAGAACUGUUGUUGUUUGUCUAUGAAUAUUUUUGGACAAAUUACUUUUUCUUUUUCAUGAAUUGAUCAGAUUAAGUUGAUAU